UUAGCCGCCCCUUCCAACAUGUCCUCCAAAAGCCCUGUGAGCACCAAUGUCCAGCAGGCCAGUUUAGAAAAAGACUGUGUGCCUCAUCAUGACAGUGAUGAUGAAUAUGAGGAGGAGGAACACUUGGUGUCGGUGGAAUUAACAGGAAUCAUAGAUUCAGACAUUUUAGAAAAAUGCAACAACAAAUGUAAAAUUCUGGGGAUAAACACAGAAAAGCCCUUCUUGCAAGUUGACAAAUAUGUGUUUGCAGGGGAAUACGAAGAUGCUCUAGGUACUUGUGUUGUCUUUGAAGAAAUUUUGGACCAAGGCGAUGGGGAUAAUGCAAAACCAAAGCUAAAGUAUAAAUGUCACACUGUAAAAAAACUGAAUAUGACCAGGACCUUUUUAACAGAAAAGAAAGAAGGUGAUGAAGGAGCAGGAGGAAAAAUAGAAUGGUUCCAGAUUAAAGAAGACAGCAAUGCUAGCUGGCCUCAGAUGAUAUGCAGCUUUGCUCAAGAAAAUGAGGAUGCAAAUGAGUCUGCAAGUGAGGAGGAUGAUAGUGAGCACUUGGAUGAAUCCACUGAGGAUAUUGGACAGGCGGAGCAGAGUCUUAAACCAGGUGGUAAACAGAACUCUGAUUUUGAGGAGAAGGGAUGUUCUACAUCGGAAGUUAAGAAGCAGUCAGGUUCUGCGGGAAAAGUGCAUGAGGAGGAACAGCACAUGGACACUGACAAAAUAGAUGGUGGUACAGACGAACCAUCGUGUACAACAGAAGAAGAAUUGAGAAAUGCACCUGAGGAUGCUGGAUGUGCUCAACAAGAAGCCCAAAUCUGCCAUGAUUAGACUGCUUGAAUGUUGGGGUACUCAGUGAUUCUGAUUGCCU